AUGGAACGAUAUGUGGCAGAAACCGACGCGUACCGCUCGAUUCCGAUACAGAAGGAGCUCAGCCUCGCAGGGAAAACAGUGGUAGUGACAGGUGGCGCACGAGGGCUCGGCCUUGCAAUUGCACAUGGCUGUGCCGAGCUGGGUGCCAACAUAGCGGUGAUUGAUAUGCUGCCUGAGCCAUCGCCUGAUCUGAAGCACCUGGACGACCUCAAGGUAAAAUGGAAAUUUUACAACACCGAUAUCACCGAUACCGAUGGCCUCGAAUCAACAUUCAAGGACAUUGUCUCUGUUUUCGGCAGCAUUGACGGUCUGGUCAACGGAGCUGGCACGGGCGGUGGAUCACCAUUUGUCGAGUUUGAGAGAGCCAGAAUGCAGAGAAUAGUUGGCGUUAAUGUGCUGGGCACUAUGGCGGUCACGCAGCUUGCGACGCAACAAAUGGUGAAGCAAGGUCGUGGGGGAGCGGUAGUCAGCAUAUCCUCCAUCGGUGGCCAUGUGAACAUUCCCGGACAGACGAAUGCUCCAUACUCUGCGUCAAAAGGGGCUAUUCUCUCCUUCACAAAAGCACUGGCUGUUGAACUUGCAGACCGCAACAUCAGAGUCAAUAGCGUAAGUCCGGGGUUUUUCCUCACCAAAAUCACGCCGGGUUACCUGGCAGGGGAUGUGGAGAGGUUGAUGGGAUUUGAGAACUCGGUGCCAAUGGGUAGAUUUGCGGAUCGGAGGGAGUUGAAAAGUGUCGUCGCCUUCCUCCUGACAUCAGCCAGUUCCUAUAUAACUGGACAAGACCUCGCUGUUGAUGGUGGUGUAUUAGCAGGGAGAGGCCAUGUGAUAUCUUCAAAGACUUGA